ACACCCGGCAAACACCUUCUCUUUCACACACAUGCUGGGGAAAGAACAGUCUCAAACCAAAAGGCAAAUCUUAGUCUUUCUGCAGCCUACAAUGACAACAAGUCUUUCAGACAGGUUUUAAUGCUUUGAUCUUUCACUAAAUCCAGGGGGAAUGCCUAAGGAGGUCAACUACAGAAUUUUUAUUUUGGGCUCUGGGUGUUCUGAUGUUCCUCAGCAACUGUUGUGAAUCUGUGUGAGCGCAUGUGGAACAACUGUCUACGUGUGGGGACUCUCCAGUACUUUCCAUCUUAAACUCUUGCCUGGUGAGUUAACAGCUGUGUUUACUCCCAUUUUUCAGCAAACUUCAAAACCAGAGAUUUACUGUUACAGGACAAAGUGACAGAAAAGUGGUGAUGACUCUCCAGUGGACAGCUGUGGCUUUCUUUUUGUAUGCAGAGAUGGUGGUCAACCUCAUCCUUUGCAUACCUUUUAUAUCUGCAAAGAGAUGGCAUUUAGUUUUCAACUGGAGAAUAUGGAGCUGGUUAUCUCCAUACUGGAACAAGUUUUUCUUUGCAAUGAUCAUGGCCCUUGUUGUUCUUUUUUUUGAUGCCAUCCGAGAAGUGCAGAAGUACUCAGGUCCUGAACCCAUGCAAGAUGCUCAGACCAACCCAAACCUGUAUGACCACGUCCACAUGAAGCUUUUCAGGGCCCAGAGAAACCUUUACAUAUGUGGUUUCUCUUUGUUUCUCUGGCUUGUCAUGCGCCGGGUUGUCACUCUGCUAAACGAGAUUGCAGUGGCUUCAGAAAACAAUGCAGGUCUUCAGGCGCAGAUGGAUAAUGCAUUUAAAGCAGCUGAGAAGCACCAGGAGAACAGUCAGAGCCUACAAAAAGCUCUCCUGGAAAGAGAACAAUCUAUGUCGAUAACAGAAAAUCAACUAAAGAUGGUGAUCGAAAAGCUUCAAAGUCAACUAAAUAUUACAAAGGAAGCUGUGCGAAGGUCUAAUGCUGAAGUUGAAGCGAUAAGAAGGCAGGCCAAAGGUCUGGCACAGGAGUAUGACAGACUAUUAAGGGAGCACAGUCUGAUCCAGAAUCUCCAGAGUGCUGAAGACAAAAAAGAUAAGUAAUCACUUGGUUGUGGUGACACCUGUGUUUACUUCCACCUCUCUAGAAGAAACAUGGAGAUAAUGCAGCAACAUCAGAUGACAUAUACGUUCACCAGCCAUCUCUUCAAGUUUAAUUUCUUCUGUUGUUUUAUCUGGCCCUUUUUUAUAAAAAAAAAAAAAUAUAUAUAUAUACCAAUUUGCAUACAAUUUCUUAAAAAAAACUUUUGUGUUUUGUUGUUAUUUCAUGAUAACCAUUGUAAGUAAUAACAAUUCAAUAAAUGCACAAGAACAAGAAUUUUAGAACCUAGAAA